AUGGUGUUACCUGUUGUCGAAGUCUCCCACCUCCCGUCAUCUUCAUCGUACUUUGCAGCAAUCCUCCAACCCCUUGGACUCGUGUAUAUCAGUUCUGACGAUAUAUCACACCCAGCUCCCCUGUCAGUGGUGUUUGGUACACCGACACGCCCGGUUCUUGAAAUCAGGCAAGUCUUGUCACCCGGCGACGUACACCGACCAGUCCAUCUUGUAUUCACAGCGCCAACAAGAUCUGCUGUAGCCAACUUCUAUCAACGUGGUAUCCAAGCGAACCCGUCACAGACACUCCUGCUACAAGGAUCGACUGAUCGUGAUACCCUGCCCAAUACUGGCUGCAUGAGAGCAACUGUCAUUGACAUGGACGGCAACAGGAUAGAAGCUGUGUAUCUUGGUCAACAGUCCUUGGAUGACACAGCGAAGAAGAGCACCCGUAAUGGUGGGCAAACUUGGACAGGCUUGAUCGACCAUGGUUUAAAGUACGGUCAAGGUGCCUCUACACCCGUGGUGAGCGCUCGGGUCUUUUCCCAGCGUGAACCAUGUGGGCAACAGUCGAGUGAAUCAUCACAUCGGACAACUCAUGAGUUCUCACGAACUUUCUCGGAAAAGGAUUCACUCAACUCGAAAUCUUUGCAGUCCACGAAUACACAAGCUGGGGAGUCACAAGGAGUAUCAGGCACAAUCAACACAUCUACUGUUGUUGGUACACUUCUGGGUUUAGCUGCUGGCGCUAUCCUCACUUACGGAAUAGUUUCCAGCGACAAGCACGAAGCUACACAUAAUCAUGCCGACAGUUCACCGGCCUCGUCACAAAAGGUCAAAUCAGGUCCAAGGUUUCCUGGAGCGGGAAAUCAUGGAGAUGGAGGGCCUGGUUUCUCGAGUAGAGAUAUGCCAGUGAAGGCAACUGCCUUCCAAUAUGACCUCCCGCACCGAAGUCCAUGGAGUCGGCAAUUGGGGGGAUAUGAAGCUCGGGUCACGCGGAGGCCUCCGCCGGUUCAAUCGUCGGAUGCAGGUGUAGGCCAGGUCAGGCCGCAAGCCUUGCGCGACAUCAAAAGCAUUAAUCUCCCUAUGGCGCCUGGGGAGAGAGGAGUUGAACGUCGACAAGUUGUAGCAGAUACCAACUGGAAUGGAGGAGACCUGAAUGAUGUUUGGGUUGGUGAUGCUACACCGCCGCCGAUUGUUGACUGUGGUUCAACCCGUCUUUCCUCGGCCAAGCGUAAUACAGGUUCUCUGGUGGUGCCAUCGGUCGCAUCGCGACCGUUAUCGAAAAUGCCACGGCAAGUCAUCCCAUCACGAGCCUCAACAGCAGCAUUCGAUCCUGAGCGAGAAACCUUUGUGUCCGCUAGGUCUCGCGUGUCUUCUUCGCCCGUCGACCAGACGCCACGGCAUAUGAACCCCGUACCGGCGACAGUCGAGCCCUUUAGCCGUGCCCAAUGGAUGCCCUCGUCUAUGAGUCAUGUCUCCGCCAGCCGUAUCCCCCUACCCGAGACUAUCGUGAACAGUGGUGUUUCUGCGAGGGAAGUUCCCUUGCCUGCCAGCGGUGUGGGGAGCAGCUGUGCUGACUGGGGGGACGAUAACGAUAGCAUAGCACCCAGCGAUAGCAUCAGUUGCGUGGGAGCAGGGAGGAGACGCGGUGUUUAA